UGUGCGGCUGCUGGCGGAGCAGGCCGGCCCGGGCGGCGGCGCGGACAACGGUUUCCAUUUAAGGCGGCGACCCGAGCCCCAGCGGCCGGCGGCGGCGGAGAGGACCAGCCCCCGGGCAGUUUGGUGCUCUGGUGGUCAGAUGUCGGAAGGCAGUAAGGCGACAGACUCUCCGUGGUUUUAUAUCCGUUUGGGGUGCAGCGGUUGACGGUGAACUUUGGUUCCUGUCACUCUUGCCUGUGUCGAUAAGAGUUAAGCCAGAGCUUUGCUUUGAGGGAUAAAGAAAGCGCAGCCUUUCCACUGGACAUAAAUGGAUCUAAAGACAGCAGUGUUUAACGCAGCUCGGGAUGGCAAACUGCGGCUUCUCACCAAGUUGUUGGCCAGCAAAUCCAAAGAGGAGGUUUCCUCCUUGAUCUCGGAAAAAACAAACGGAGCCACGCCACUCCUGAUGGCCGCCAGGUAUGGGCACCUUGACAUGGUGGAGUUCCUCCUCGAACAGUGCAGUGCCUCCAUAGAAGUGGGGGGCUCCGUCAAUUUUGAUGGCGAAACCAUCGAGGGGGCUCCCCCGCUGUGGGCCGCUUCUGCAGCGGGACAUCUGAAGGUGGUGCAGUCCCUGUUAAACCAUGGAGCGUCUGUCAACAACACAACUUUAACCAAUUCCACUCCUCUUCGAGCUGCCUGUUUCGAUGGCCAUCUGGAAAUCGUGAAGUACCUCGUGGAACACAAAGCCGACUUGGAGGUAUCCAACCGACACGGGCAUACGUGCUUGAUGAUUUCGUGCUACAAAGGACACAAAGAGAUUGCUCAGUAUUUGCUUGAAAAGGGGGCAGAUGUUAAUAGAAAAAGUGUGAAAGGUAAUACUGCAUUGCAUGAUUGCGCAGAGUCUGGGAGUUUGGACAUCAUGAAGAUGCUGCUUAUGUAUUGUGCCAAGAUGGAAAAGGAUGGUUAUGGAAUGACUCCCCUUCUUUCGGCCAGUGUCACCGGUCACACAAAUAUUGUGGAUUUUCUGACUCACCACGCACAGACCAGCAAGACAGAACGGAUCAAUGCUCUAGAGCUCCUGGGAGCUACGUUUGUGGACAAAAAGAGAGAUCUGCUUGGGGCCUUGAAAUACUGGAAAAAGGCCAUGAACAUGAGGUACAGUGAUAGGACUAAUAUCAUCAGCAAACCGGUACCUCAAACUCUGAUAAUGGCUUACGAUUAUGCCAAGGAGGUGAAUAGUGCGGAAGAGCUAGAAGGUCUUAUUGCCGACCCCGACGAGAUGAGAAUGCAGGCACUAUUGAUCAGAGAACGUAUUCUUGGUCCCUCUCAUCCCGAUACCUCUUAUUACAUUAGAUACAGAGGCGCUGUCUAUGCGGACUCUGGAAAUUUCAAACGAUGCAUCAACCUCUGGAAGUAUGCUUUGGAUAUGCAGCAGAACAACUUGGACCCUUUAAGCCCCAUGACCGCCAGCAGCUUGCUGUCUUUUGCGGAACUGUUCUCCUUUAUGCUCCAGGAUAGGGCUAAAGGCCUGCUGGGCACCACCGUUACGUUUGAUGAUCUUAUGGGCAUCCUGUGCAAAAGUGUCCUUGAAAUAGAGCGAGCUAUCAAGCAAACUCAGUGUCCAGCUGACCCGUUGCAGUUAAAUAAGGCUCUGUCCAUUAUUUUGCACUUGAUUUGCUUGCUAGAGAAAGUUCCUUGUACUCUAGAACAGGACCACUUCAAAAAGCAGACUAUCUACAGGUUUCUGAAGCUGCAUCCGAGGGGGAAGAAUAACUUCAGCCCCCUUCAUCUGGCUGUGGACAAGAACACGACCUGCGUAGGGCGCUACCCCGUGUGUAAAUUCCCGUCUCUGCAGGUCACGGCCAUACUGAUCGAGUGUGGCGCCGACGUGAACGUCAGAGACUCUGACGACAACAGCCCCCUGCACAUCGCCGCUCUGAACAACCAUCCCGACAUCAUGAAUCUCCUUAUUAAAUCAGGUGCACACUUCGAUGCCACAAACUUGCACAAGCAGACUGCUAGUGACUUGCUGGAUGAGAAAGAGAUCGCGAAAAAUUUGAUCCAGCCCAUCAAUCACACCACCCUGCAGUGUCUUGCUGCUCGCGUCAUAGUGAAUCAUAGAAUAUAUUACAAAGGGCAUAUCCCAGAAAAGCUAGAGACCUUUGUUUCACUUCACAGAUGAUAAUCUGCCUGGCUCGGCGCACUGUCGAAAGCACGGAUCGCUGACAGUUGCCUCGUAAGUGAGCACUGUUGUGAGAACACCAGCAUUCACUUGGCUUGACACCUCGUGCUCUCAUUGGCUAAAGCAUUAGAAGCAUCAGCUUUCCAGGAUUGGUUUCCCAGUAUUUAAUAUAAAUACACCAUAUAAUAUAUUGUUUGUGUAUUAUUGAGAAAUGGAAUGUCCUACUCGAAUUCCUUAAAUUGUCUGCCAAAGGCUUACCUAUUCUGGUUCUGUUUGCUGUUGGGUGUUUGGGACAAAAUUCACUGUUCUUCAGUGGUGUCUUUAUACUUUACUGGUUUGUGAAUUUUAUACAA